AUGGUAGGGCCUUCACUGCCGUUUGAGCUCUGCAAGGACGAAGUCAAUGACCUGGACAAGAUCGUGCUCAGGGAACCCCGAGGCGGCUUCGCCGAGCCAGUCACCGCCUGGUCGUAUCCAACGAUGAUCGAUGCCCCUGUGGAUGCUUACGCCACCACCGCUGCAACCUCCAUGCCCCCACAAUUCUCUUAUUCUAGAGACGGUUCUAGAUCCAAGGCCUGUGCCGCCUGCAGAUUUCGGAAUCAGAAAUGUAAGGAAGACUGCCUGCUCGCGCCGUUUUUUCCCGCGUCAGAAGACAGCAAGUUCCAGAAGGCUCGCCGCCUUUUCGGGGUCAGUAAGAUGCAGAAGAUCCUGAAGGGCCUCCUCCCCGAACAACGCGCUGUCGCCAUGGCGACCAUGAUCUACGAGGCGGAGGUGCACGCUGCGCACCCAAACACAGGAUGCCUCGACAUCAUCCUCCAGUUACAUAGUCAGAUCGAGCGCAGAGCCGCUCAUCUCGCCUUCCUCCGACAGCAUGCUGCUGUCGUCGCCCCUCCUGCACCCAGCUUGGAUACUAUUGGCACCGAAGAUGGUGGAAUCAUUCCUCCACCCUUGCACUCCAACGACACGCACUAA